AUGCACCUCAGUUAUUUAAAAAAUAUUCUGCCACAUCAGGAAUCGUUGUUGCCACUCACUUGCUUGGCUUGGGCACCUAAUGGCUCCAGACUGGCAGUAUCGAUCGUCGACAACUCGGUACUACUUUUUGACGGGGAUGGCAGCCGAAGGGACAGAUUUAGCAGCAAACCUGUCGACCCUAGGUACGGUAAAUCAAGCUACGUAAUCACAGCGUUGACCUUCUCUCCAGACUCGGUUAAGCUCGCCGUUGGGCAGUCGGAUAAUAUCCUGUUUGUUUAUAAGCUGGGCCAAGAUUGGUCCAGCAAAAAAGUCAUCUGCAAUAAGUUUCUGAACCAAUCCUCAGUCACGUGCUGCCUUUGGCCUUCAGAUCAGAAGAUUAUUGUUGGUCUAAACGAUGGAAGGGUACGUGUAGCGAACGUCAAAAGUAACAAAUCAUCAACGUUUUACAAUGGCAAGGUUGCGGUAAUUUCUUUGAAAACGGUUUUCUCCGCGCAUGCUGAUGGAACAGUGAUGAAGAUAUCACUUGAAAAGAUCUGCACUCAUACGUGUUGCCCGCAGGUGCUAUUAUGUUCAAGAAGUACCGUCGUUGCGGCUGGUAGUGACAAACGCGUUUUGGUGUACGGGUAUGACGGUCAGGUGCAGCAGCAGUACGAUUUCAGCGUGGACGAGGAAGAACGCGAGUUCAGUGCGGGGGCGAUCUGCCCGAUUGGUCAGUCAACCUUUGUCAUCGGUAGUUAUGACAGAAUCCGUGUAUUCGAACGGGACACAAGGAAGAAAGCAUGGAAUGACGUUAAAACGAUUGCAAUCAAAAAUUUCUACGCUGUGACCUCGCUCGCGUGGGCGUUUGAUGGCACCUGCAUUGCAGCAAGCGUUUCCGGUGGGGUCGAUCUAUUCCGUUGUAAUCUCCAAACCUCGGUUAUAAGUGCAAAUUUUGAGAGCACCUUCAUUGGACCAAGUCAGGUGCUACUGAGAAACGUCCAUAACGAAGCGAAUUUCAUAAUACGUUCAACGUUAGGCCUUGAGAUCAAGAUAUUCAAGCUUAUGGCCAAAGAAAGCUACGUCAUGGCUCAGACCGACCGUUCGUUGAUACUGUUUGAACUGGAAACAGGGAAAAGCAGCGAGGUGGCGUGGAAAUCAGCAGGAAACGAGCGGUUUUAUUUCGAUUUCGCAAAUGCAUGCUUAGUGUACAAUGCCGGCGAAAUGUCGGUAAUCGAGUACGGUCGAAAUGAUAUCCUUAUCUCCGUCACUACGCAACGUUUUAAUCCGCAUCUUGUGAGCCAAGUGGUCGAAUUUAACCAUGAGUCUAAAAUCGAUUGGCUCGAACUGAACGAAACCGGCAAGUUUCUUCUGUUCCGGGACAGAAAAAUGGAUGUACAUCUGUACGACGUGAAGACAGACCAAAAGCACCUUUUGCAGCAUCGUUGUGGAUUUGUCCAGGUAUCCGAGUUGAUUUUGUACUUCAGUGGGUUCCCGGCAGUGACGUUGUGGUUGUCGAGUCCCGGGAGCAUCUUUACGUCUGGUAUAACAUUCAAGUGCGAGAACCUGUUCAGAGCAGGUGGAAAAACCAACGUGGUCGUAAAAGACGUCUCAGGUGAACUGAACUAUACGCUUGACGAAAAUUUGAUCGAAUAUGCAACGGCGAUGGAGGACGGAGACUUCUUUCGGUAG